GGGGCUUUGUUGGUGCUGGGGGUUCAUAUGGGGGAAGCAGUUCAUUUGGGAUGGGUAGCUCAUACGGUGGGGGCAGUUCCCUAGGAAUGGGGAGCUCAUAUGGAGGGGGUAGUUCCUACGGAGGAAGCAG